AUGGAUGAAGUGGUUGAGACACCGUUGAUUUGUGAAAAUUGUUCGCUCUUAAUGAAUGGUAGAAUUUUCCAGAUUGAUCUUAUUUGUUUACCAUUUAAGAAGGUUGAUGUGGUUUUGGGGAUGGAUUGGCUUCCCGCUAAUUCAGUGUUUACUGGAUGUGAAGAGAAGUUGAUUAUUGUUUCAUCUAGUGAAGCUGCUCCAAAUGACGUACUAACUACUAUCUUGGAAGGUACAGUUGGUGUGGUUAAUUUCUUAUUUGAGAAUGAAAAGUCAGUUCUCUUGGAUGUCUCCUCUCUUCCUCCUAAAAGGGAAGUGGAAUUCUUUAUUGAUUUGAUACCUGGGACGGCUCCAAUAUCCAUAUCUCCGUAUUGCAUGGUGCCACUAGAGUUGAGAGAGUUGAAGAAUCAAUUGGUAGAGUUGUUAAUCAAGCAUUUCAUCCGACCUAGUGUCUCACCAUGGGGAGCUCCACUGUUAUUAGUAAAUAAGAAGGAAGGUAGUAUGCGGUUGUGUAUUGAUUAUCUCCAAUUGAAUAAAGUUACCAUCAAGAACAAAGCAUGGAGAACACUUAAGGAUUGUUCUAUCAGUACUGCAAGAGGAGCAACUUUUGCCAAGUUAAGAAAGUGUGAAUUUUGGAUGAACAAAGUGAGGUUUCUUGGUCGUGUAAUAUCGCAAGGAGGAGUAUCAGUGAAUCCAUUUAAAGUUGAAGCAGUUAUUAAUUGGGAAAGACCGAAGAAUGCUUCCGAAGUCAGGAGUUUCUUAGGUUUGGCAGGUUGUUAUCGAAGGUUUAUAAAGGGAUUUUCACAGAUAGCAUUACCAAUGAAUAAACUUACCCGAAAGGAAAUUUCUUUCAAAUGGGAUUCGAAGUGUGAGAAGAGUUUUAUGAGUUUGAAGGAAAAGCUAACGACUGCUAUUCUUUUAGUCAUCCCUGAUCCUAGUAAACCUUAUGAAGUGUUUUGUGAUGCCUCUAAGAAAGGAUUAGGAGGGGUGUUAAUGCAGAGUGGUCAAGUUGUAGCCUAUGUCUCUCGUCAGUUGAAACCUCAUGAAGAGAACUACCCAACUCAUGAUCUUGAACUGAUGUUGUCUUUGCAUUGA